UUGCAUGGCGAAUUAAAUACUUAAGCUACGUAACCGUUUAAUAUUACUUUAUUUAUCAUAGAAUUAAAAACACUUAAGUCACCCUUUUUGUCAACACUUAUUAUAAUAUUAUUUCGUGUUAUUAAAACAGACUCCCAUAAAACAGCGACGAUAGGUGUGUUGGAAUUUACAGUUAAGUUCAAGAAUUUUAUAAUUUUAUCACUAAAAGUUAAUCAUGUCUAAAACGCAGCAAUAUCAAGGUGGAAAAGCAUUUGGUGCAUUGAAAAAACAGCAAGAAUUGGCUCUUGAUGAAAUCAAUAAACAAUAUCUUGGUGAUGAUGACUAUCAAGAUAAAGAAGAGUUUCCUGAUUUAAAAGGAACACUUGAAGCAUAUAAAAAACAGUUUAUGGAAUUUGACUUGGAUAAUUCUGGAGAUAUAGAUCUCAUGGAAUUAAAGAUGAUGAUGGAAAAAUUAGAUCAAGCUAAAACACAUCUUGAACUUAAAAAAAUGAUUGCUGAAGUUGAUCGAGAAAAUCGAGGAUCAAUUUCAUACAACGACUUUUUGUUCAUGAUGUUAGGAAAGAAAAGCUCAGUUUUAAAACUCAUAUUGAAGUUUGAGGCUGCAAUGAAGGACAAAGAACGACCAAAAGGAGUUGCACCGAAAAGGGAUUUUGCUUCUUUACCUUAAAUUUUAUUUGCAUUAGCAUUUUGGAAAUUUUAUAUUAAAUAUGUAUAUUAAAUAUUUUUCUUAAUCGCAUUCAAUGUCUAAAGUAUUAAAAAUUGUAAUUUUAUUAUUGUAUAUUUUUUCUUAAAAAAGCAUAAUGCUUGUUUACAAUGUUUGUAACGAAUUGCAAUAUAUUUUUUAGAGUAUUCUCAUUAUAAAUUUUUUAUUUUGCAAAAAAGAAAUGUGAAUUUUUAUCUUUA